GAGCGCUGUGAUUGGGCGGCGUGGUGGAGAGGAAGCGGGUGCUCUUGCUGUCAGAAAGCUGAAGCUAGUCACCCUGGCCUCUGGAGACCCACUCCCUUCAGCCUCCGCCUCCGGCAGUCGUUGUGUGCAGAUGUCACCCGCCUGCCUUCUGCGACGGAGCUGAGCUGCCGGCCGCCGCCCGGAUGGGCCCGCCCGAGCGCCCUAAAGUCUCCAGGAAUUGUUGAAUUGCUGAGGAUUUUGAGACACAAGCUGAAGUUCCCAUUCCAUGGAUCCCUUGGGUGCACCUUCCCAGUUUGUGGAUGUGGACACCCUGCUAAGCUGGGGUGACUCAUAUAAAGAUGAAUUAAGCUCCUCUGACAGCACAGCUGAGACGUUCCAGGAAGACACCAUCAGAUCGCCUUUUCUUUAUAACCGGGACAUUAAUGGAAAAGUGGUUCUUUGGAAAGGAGACGUGGCAUUACUGAACUGUACAGCCAUUGUGAAUACCAGCAAUGAAAGCCUUACAGAUAAGAAUCCUGUGUCAGAAAGUAUCUUCAUGCUUGCGGGGCCAGAUUUGAAAGAGGACCUACAGAAGCUGAAAGGUUGCCGAACAGGUGAAGCAAAGUUGACGAAAGGCUUUAACCUAGCUGCUCGGUUCAUCAUUCAUACCGUGGGACCUAAGUAUAAAAGCCGCUAUCGCACUGCAGCCGAGAGCUCCCUGUACAGCUGUUACAGAAAUGUGCUUCAGCUGGCAAAAGAACAGUCCAUGUCUUCUGUUGGCUUCUGUGUCAUCAAUUCUGCAAAGCGCGGCUAUCCUCUGGAGGACGCAACACACAUUGCUCUUCGCACUGUGAGGCGGUUCCUGGAGAUCCAUGGGGAAACCAUUGAAAAAGUAGUAUUUGCCGUCUCUGAACUCGAAGAGGCUACUUACCAAAAGCUGCUACCUCUGUACUUCCCAAGGUCGUUAAAGGAGGAGAGCCAUUCAUUGCCAUACCUACCUGCAGAUAUCGGAAAUGCAGAAGGGGAGCCUGUGGUGCCUGAGCGGCAAAUUAGAAUAAGUGAGAAACCUGGUGCUUCAGAGGACAACCAAGAGGAAGAUGAGGAUGACGGCUUGGGAGUGGAUCUGUCUUUCAUUGGUUCUCAUGCUUUUGCUCGAAUGGAAGGAGAUAUUGACAAGCAAAGAAAACUGAUCCUCCAGGGACAGUUGUCAGAAGCUGCCCUGCAGAAGCAGCAUCAAAGAAAUUAUAACCGCUGGUUGUGCCAAGCAAGAUCUGAGGACCUGUCUGAUAUUGCUUCUCUGAAAGCCUUAUACCAAACAGGUGUGGAUAACUGUGGCCGCACAGUGAUGGUGGUAGUUGGAAGAAACAUUCCUGUGACAUUGAUAGAUAUGGACAAGGCUCUCUUAUAUUUUAUCCACGUGAUGGAUCACAUCGCUGUGAAGGAAUAUGUUUUGGUAUAUUUUCACACACUGACCAGUGAAUACAAUCACCUGGACUCUGACUUCCUGAAGAAACUCUACGAUGUCGUUGAUGUCAAAUACAAGAGGAAUUUGAAGGCUGUUUAUUUUGUUCAUCCAACAUUCCGCUCUAAGGUCUCAACAUGGUUUUUCACCACCUUUUCUGUCUCAGGACUGAAGGACAAAAUCCACCAUAUAGACAGCCUACACCAGCUCUUUUCUGCCAUAUCACCAGAGCAGAUAGACUUUCCUCCUUUUGUCCUUGAAUAUGACGCCAGGGAAAAUGGGCCUUAUUUUGCAUCUUAUCCUCCAUCACCAGAUUUGUGACCUUCCGUCUUCCCAGGACUUCUUGGUCAGAAUUCCAUUUCACAAUUCACCACCUAUCGGAAGUGAUGUUCAUUUUUGCUGUACAGAUCCAGAGAGCUUUUGUCCCCACCUCUCUGGUAUUUUUUUAUUGACUAUAUAUUUUCUGGAACAUAAACAGUCUAAAACUGGUAGGCCAUACGGAACUGCAUACAUUUUAAAUUUGUAUAUUUGUAUCAAAUGGAAAUGUUUGUUUUUAGAGCAUUAAUAGAAACUGGGGAUCAACUUUUGAGUGUCUUCAGUUUCCUGGACUCUGGACUCUCUGUUACACAGGCCACUAACAUUGUUCACAGCAUCUCUUAAACAGUGCACGCUUCCUUUGUGUAUUUAAGUGUUUCUCAAAGUGUAUACAACCAAUGUAUGCUGAACAGAUGCAUUGUUUCCCUCAAACCCUGGCUUUAAUACCAUCUACAUUUUAUACGGACGAUCUGAUCAUAAUAUAGAAUUGUCCAGGACCAAGAAUAUGGAAAUGUGUCUGAUUGAAACUAUAAAAAUCUUCAGCAAAACAUAGGACUUGCACUUUGGUGGUAAAAGGUACGAGUGAGCUGUAAGUGCUUCCUGGAUUAUACGGUUUGUUAAGAUCAACACUGUUCUGAUCUCAGCAGUGUGGGGAACACAAAGACUGUAUCUUCAACUCUUUCUAUUGUGAUUGGUCUCCUUAUCUAAAGAAUGUAUGUGCUAACAGCACUUCUAAGUAAAGAGCAUUUGCUGAGACUCCAUGCCUGACCACACUGCUGUCAUACAUGAUUAUAUUGGCUAGUAUCUCUUGAAUGGCCUCCAUUAUAGAGUAGAAGUGUGUAAUAGUACACAAAUCCAAGGACCUGAUAAUUCACUCUCCAGAAGACUUUUGCCACUUGGGCUUUAUGUGUGCCUUAGCUUGUUUAUGGGUGAAAAUCAGACUUAUGCAGCCUACCUCACAGAGGUAACAUGAAAAUAGCUUUUAGAAAGAAUUUAGCUGUUCCAGGAUUCAGAGGGUUGGGGGAGUAGGGAGUAUGGUAGGGUGCCUUCAGUUAGUUCUUAAUGUUAAUGAGAGUAAAUAUAUGUAAAGGAAUUCUGUACAACAUUCCAUGGGCCUUGAUACCUUUUGAGUGAUUGAGUUGUGUUUAGGGAUGGGGCACAAAAAAAAAAAAAAAAAAAAAA